CCUGCCAGCGUGGGCCGGGCUGGUGCCUUCUCCUCCCCCGGCCCUUCCUCCAGCCACUUCUCCCUCCCGAGCAGCCUGCAGGCAGCGGCGGCCGCGGAGGAGCCCCGGGCCGAGCCAUGGGCGAGGGGGAGCCCGCGAGCAUGGCUGACUACCUGAUCAGCGGGGGCACAGGCUACGUCCCUGAGGAUGGCCUCACGGCCCAGCAGCUCUUUGCCAUCGCCGACGGCCUCACCUACAAUGACUUCCUGAUCCUCCCAGGCUUCAUCGAUUUCACAGCGGACGAGGUGGACCUGACCUCGGCGCUGACCCGCAAGAUCACCCUGAAGACGCCGCUCAUCUCGUCACCCAUGGACACCGUCACCGAGUCAGACAUGGCGAUCGCCAUGGCGCUGAUGGGCGGCAUCGGGAUCAUCCACCACAACUGCACCCCGGAGUUCCAGGCCAACGAGGUGCGCAAGGUCAAGAAAUUUGAGCAGGGCUUCAUCACGGACCCGGUGGUGAUGAGCCCCACACACAGCGUGGGAGACGUCUUCGAGGCCAAGCUGCGGCAUGGCUUCUCGGGCAUCCCCGUCACCGAGACGGGCAAGAUGGGCAGCAAGCUGGUGGGCAUUGUCACCUCGCGGGACAUCGACUUCCUCACCGAGAAGGACUACGCCACCUACCUCAGCGAGGUGAUGACGAAACGCAAUGACCUGGUGGUGGCGCCUGCCGGGGUCACCCUGAAGGAGGCCAACGAGAUCCUGCAGCGGAGCAAGAAAGGGAAGCUGCCCAUCGUGAACGACAGUGACGAGCUGGUGGCUAUCAUCGCCCGCACGGACCUGAAGAAGAACCGCGACUACCCGCUGGCCUCCAAGGACUCGCGCAAGCAGCUGCUGUGCGGGGCGGCCAUUGGCACCCGCGAGGACGACAAGUACCGGCUCGACCUGCUCACGCAGGCCGGCGUCGACGUGGUGGUGCUGGACUCCUCCCAGGGCAAUUCCGUGUAUCAGAUCGGCAUGAUCCAUUACAUCAAGCAGAAAUACCCCGAGCUGCAGGUGAUCGGUGGGAAUGUUGGAUCCCCAGUGGUGACAGCGGCGCAAGCGAAGCAUCUGACGGACGCGGGGGUGGACGGCCUGCGCGUGGGCAUGGGCUGCGGCUCCAUCUGCAUCACGCAGGAAGUGAUGGCGUGCGGUAGGCCCCAGGGCACGGCCGUGUACAAGGUGGCGGAGUACGCCCGCAGGUUCGGCGUGCCUGUGAUCGCGGAUGGCGGCAUCCAGACGGUGGGGCAUGUGGUGAAGGCGCUGUCUCUAGGAGCCUCUACGGUGAUGAUGGGCUCCUUGCUGGCGGCCACCACGGAGGCCCCGGGCGAGUAUUUCUUCUCCGACGGCGUGAGGCUGAAGAAGUAUCGCGGGAUGGGCUCGCUCGACGCCAUGGAGAAGAACAGCAGCAGCCAGAAGCGAUACUUCAGCGAAGGGGAUAAGGUGAAGGUGGCGCAGGGCGUCUCCGGCUCCAUCCAGGACAAGGGCUCCAUCCAGAAGUUCGUCCCAUACCUGAUUGCGGGCAUUCAGCACGGCUGCCAGGACAUCGGGGCCAGGAGCCUCUCCAUCCUCCGCUCCAUGAUGUACUCGGGCGAGCUGAAGUUCGAGAAGAGAACCAUGUCAGCCCAGAUCGAAGGCGGCGUUCAUGGCCUCCACUCCUUUACGUUUCUGCCAUUUACGAGAAGCGGCUAUACUGAAGACGGGCUCCGAAGCAGCAGCCAGCGCGUAGCUCCCAACGUCCCUGCCCCGGUCGCCGCCCGCCGCGUGUAGCCCAGCCCUCCACUCCGACUCUCCUCGCAGGGAUGGAUUUGCACUAUGGCCAAGAGCGUCUCGCCUGCCCGGAGCCGCCUGUGGCCAGGACCUGGCCCUGACUGGACGGCAGCCAGAUCUCCCCAGCGCCUGGUGCAAGGCCCCAGGAACCAGCCCCCCUGGGCGGGGCAGGAGAACAGAGAGCAGGUGCUGGAAAGAGCUGCGGGGGCCGUGGGGGGGGCACCUCCCACUGCCGGCUGGGCAGGAGCAAUUCAGCCCUUAGCACUGGGCCGUCCUCCACGGGAGCACUGAGCAGGGCCCCCAGCUCCCCCCACCCCCACUGCAUCGGCCCUGGCAGCCACAGCCUGGCUGGAGCCCACAUUCCCCCCAUGCCGGCUCCCAUCCACGCCUCCGGUUCCGCCAGCCCCCACGGCAUGUCCCCCCCACCGGUGCUAGUGCUGCACGGGGGGCCACGGCUGCGCACAGGCUGGGGGGCUCCAGCACUUCCCCUUCCCUGCAGUGGGGCAGUGACGUGAGCCCCAAGGAUCUUGCUGACAGCCCGGGCCUGGCUCUGGCCCAGUAGCCGCUGGGCUUCAAGGGAUUUUAUAAACUUGUACAGGAGGCUGAGCCUUGCCUAUUAAUCCUCCGCUGCCCCGGGGCUGUCUUACCCUGCCCCCCAAGGCUGUUUGUUAGUAGGGUCUCUCCAACCUGGACCAAACACCAUGGACCAGCCAACUCCCCUCCAGUCCUGGCCAGAAGCUGCCCGGACUUCUCCAUCAUUGUCCCUCUCUACAGAGCCCCCGGAACAUCAUCCUGCUGCACGCCUGGCAGCUGCUGCUGGGGUCCCUGCAGCCUACCCAGCCACAGGGUGACAUCCCUCUUGGAUUAGGCAGGGUGACCAGCGUGACCCCUAAAGCCACCCCCAAAGCUGGAAUGGGGCCUGGCCACCCUUCUGCAAGCUGUGCUGUUGGCCUGGCUGCAGCACCCUCUGCCGUGCAGCCCGGUGCUGCCACAUGCUGCAGGCUCUGGGCAUCCAUUUCCUCCACUCUCUUUCUGCCAGAUGAGUUUAAAUCUCCUUUUUCUGUCACUGCAGCUACUGGCAAGUCCCGGCCUCUCCCCCUGCAGCACCGACCCCCCCCCCCACUCGUUAGAAGGCUUUAACUUUGCACAUUUGGGGUCCAGUGUUUGUAAUUGUGUAUUGAAUAAUAAUAAUAAAGUAAUGCAGCAUCGGG